AUUGAAACUCCUACAGCUCUUCAAGACAGCAUCACAGAUAAUAUCAGCAAACGAUAGACGAAGUUAGUGUUGAGUGGGUGUGUUGAAAUAACAGAAUAUUCGAACAGGUUGUCUGGAGAUAGAUGGGGAAGAAAACAGUAUCAUGAAUACCAAUUUGUUCUCAAGAAAAAAAAGUACUCCGUAUUGUUGCACAAUUCUGAGUCGUCACAAACCAAGUAUGAUAAUACUCCAAACUUUUAAAAUUAAAAGAAGCAUUUUCAAAGAAUAUUUCUGAUGUGUAUUCCAGAGUGACUUGUAGGUCAGAUUUGUGAACUAUAUAGAAUUCUGUAAAGCUAUUUAUAUAAAAGAAGGCAACAUGAACCCUUGGUUGGUAUUAUCAUUCUUCAUGUCCAUACGUUUAUGUAUGGUAUAUAUUGUUCAGACAUGGUUUGUGCCGGAUGAGUAUUGGCAGACUGUAGAAGUAGCACACAAGAUUGUAUUUGGCUAUGGACAUGAAACAUGGGAGUGGACUCUGGGCAUUAGAAGUUAUAUCUAUCCUGCAUUUCUGGCUACCAUCCUUAGUGUUCUAAAAUAUUUUCACUUAGAUUCUGUUAAUACUGUGGUGCAUGGACCUCGGAUAUUACAAGCUGUUCUGUCUGCCGUUGGAGACUACUGUUUCUUGAGAUGGUAUCGUAAUCAGAAUGGUGGACAUGGCUUAUGGGCAUCAUUUGCUUUGAUCACCAAUUGGUUUUGGAUGUAUUGUGGAUCAAGAACUCUCAUCAAUACUUUUGAAGCCACACUUAACACAUUUGCUCUAAACUUAUUUCCCUGGAAUCAAAAUAAAAUACAGAAGAGUCCAUCAAAAUUCUUAUGGUUUGUUGCUACUGCUUGCAUGAUAAGACCUACAGCAGUUAUAAUUUGGCUUCCACUGUGCAUUUACCACUUUUUGUUAUCGUAUCACAAGGUGACAACAGUUGUAAAGGACUAUAUACUUAUUGGAUUAAUAGUCAUUACUGCUGGUACCAUGUUGGAUACAUAUUUUUAUGGAAAGAUAACUUUCACUCCCCUGCAUUUCUUACAAGCUAAUAUUAUGGACAGUAUCAAUGUCUUUUAUGGCACACAUCCGUCAUUGUGGUACAUAGUUGUUGGAAUUCCAGUUGUUCUGGGGUGUCACCUGAUCCCAUUCCUUCUUGGUGCAUUCAGAGCAUUAACACAUAAAAGAGGCUCCAUAGAAAUGGUCCUCUUGUUUGUCAGCGUAUGGACUGUAGCUGUUCUCAGUUUUGUUCCCCACAAAGAAUUCAGAUUUUUAUUACCACUCUUCCCAAUGUUUGUGUAUAUUGAAAGCAGUUUCCUUUCACACUGGAGUCGUAAGGCACAAAGAUCAAUGCUCUUGGUUGCGACUGUAGGUAUGGUAAUUGCAAAUAUUGCAUUACUAGGAUAUUUUGGACUGAUUCACCAACGAGGCACAUUGGAUGUCAUGAAGGUGCUAAGUGAUACAAAUCACAGGCAUACAAAUCUGCUGUUUCUCAUGCCUUGCCAUUCCACUCCGCUGUACAGUCACCUCCACAUGAGAAUACAAGUUAGGUUCCUAACGUGUGAGCCUGAUUUUACGGGUAAUCCCCACUAUCAAGACGAGGCAGAUAUAUUUUACACAAAUCCUGAAAAAUGGUUACUUCAGAAUUAUUCAAGUAAUGAUACUGUAUCACACAUUAUAAUUUAUGAUAGUCUUUAUCCCAAGAUAAAGAAUUUUUUUAAUCAAUAUAAUUAUAAAUUAAACAGGUCACUGUUUCACACUUUUCAUCCAAGUGGACGAGUAGGAAAGUAUGUGGAGAUUUAUACGCAACAAUACUAGAUCAUAGUGAUCUACAAAUGAGAUGCUGAGUCCAGGAAGGCUAGUAACAUAACAAAGGCACUAGCUAUAAUGCAGCUUAACUUUGUAUCUUUUCUUGGAUUGUUUAAAUAUUUUGUGAUUAUUCAUUUGUCACCGUCAUGAAUAUGAACUAUUUAUUAGGAGAAAUAGUGUAGCUCUGUUAAUGACAGGCUAUAUGCUGGAAAAAUGGGAUUCAGUUCCUGGCAGGCUAGGAAUUUUUCUGUUCACUACAUCCAGACCAUCUGCAGAUCCCACCCAGCCUCCUGGGGAUAAAGCAGCUGGAGCAUGAAGCUUACAACUCACCAGCACCUAGUGCCAAUGUCAAGAAAUUGUGGAGGUCUAACUCCAUUCCAUCAUACAUCUCCAUUGUGUGGUGGUGAAACAUGAACUUUAAUAUAAAAAAAGAUAUACCUUGAAAUGAACCACAUUGCGCUCAAAUGAUACUGGUAAUAGAAAGUUGUUACAUUAGGCAAGAUGUGAGACAGUUUAAUAACAGAUUUGUUUUUCACAAUUAAACUAAGACUGAAUAUUGUUUAAACAAAAAAGUUUAUGUAACUAUGUGCAACAGAUUUUUAAAAUGUAAUAUUAGUAGUUUGUAUUAAAAGUUACUGAGAACAUUUA